UCGCGAGAGUUGGUGGGUGAGUGCGGGAGGAAGGAGAACAAUGCCCGGGCCCCAGCUCUUGCCGAGGAAACACGAAGGUGCAGCUUGGGUGUCUCCUUAAUGUCUGAAUCCCAAGUCACCCAUCCAAAGGCAGUUCCCCUGCCGCCUGACAAGUCAGAAGCUCCUCCCAGGACGCUCCACAUCCUCGUAGGAGUCACCGGGAGUGUGGCUGCCCUGAAGUUGCCCCUUCUCAUCUCUGGCCUUUUGGAGAUCCCAAUGCUGGAAGUGGCGGUGGUAACAACGGAAAGGGCCAAGCAUUUCUACAGCCCCGACGCAAUUCCCACCACUCUCUAUAGCGAUGCUGACGAAUGGGAGAUGUGGAAGGGCCGCUCCGAUCCCGUCCUGCAUAUUGACCUGCGGAGAUGGGCUGACCUCAUGGUGGUGGCCCCUCUGGAUGCCAAUACCCUGGGGAAAGUGGCCAGUGGCAUCUGUGACAACCUGCUGACCUGUGUCAUCCGAGCCUGGGAUCGGAAGAAGCCCUUACUCUUCUGCCCCGCUAUGAACACCGCCAUGUGGGAGCAUCCCAUUACAGCCCAGCAGGUGAAGCAGUUGCAGGACUUUGGCUAUAUGGAAAUCCCCUGUGUGGCAAAGAGGCUGGUAUGUGGGGAUGAAGGUCUGGGAGCCAUGGCAGAAGUCCAAACCAUUCUGGACAAGGUGAAGGAGAUCCUUUCGGAACUGAACUUACUCCAUCAGAGUUGAUCCUGGCAUCGGAUUCCUCGUCUCCUUUCCAUCUCCCAGCAAUGGGAACCUGUUUCAGGAAGAGCCAGAGCAAACCAUUCCCUCUGCCCUCCUCUCAUCCACCCACUCGGGAGCUGAGGCCCAAGAUCCGUGACCUGCCCACCCCUACCCCCACCCCCAGCCACCAGGACGUCAACUCUGGCAGGGAGAGCUUGGUAAAGACCUCGACACUGAUCGGCCUGAAAACCA